GUGCCUGCGGACCAUGGGGGUCUCCGCAUGAACAUCACCAAGCAGAUGUUCGAGGAGCUUCGAAAAACGUGUGAACGCCUGGACUUGCUCCACCCGGCGAUGGACCUCGUCAUGGAGGCCUGCAUGAGCCGAUCCCGUGAGCUGCUCGAGCAGAGGUUUGCCGAGCGGGAGCUCUUCAAGAGAAUCCUCUCGAGCAACGCCACGAACGCGAGACAGGCGGUGGAGUGGAUGGAGUCCUAUCGUGCAGUGAACAAGACGUUCCGCGCGAAGGUGGAGGAGGUCACAGGAAGGACAGUCUGCAACGACACCGCACAGUUCAUGCCGAAACGCUUGCGGCUCGAGUCGGAGGCGAUGUCCGAGUAUCCAGCCUGA